CGUCAAAUCAUCAAGAGGUGUCGGCGCGCGCCGCGACGCCCAGUACGCGUUUGUUUUUGGUCGUAUCGAGGCUUAUCUCAGCGUCCCUUCUCUCACCGGCCUCUCCGCGGAGCACCGACGGCAUAAGUCGGCCGCGUUUAGUCGUGUUUAGUCCCAGUGGCGCUUACCACAGCUGCUCGCUCUCGCGCCAGCUGCCACCUGUCGCUCCCGCACCUGUGCGCCUCCGACACCGUCGCCCCCGUGGAGUACCUCACUGCGCAGUCAGCAAGCCGGGCUGGAGGACACCGCCAGGAUGACGACGACGUGCCUCCCCUCCCGCCGGAGCCGGUCGGCCAGCAUGCUCGCGCACCUGCUCGAGUGCGCGCCUGUGCUCCUGCUGCUCCUGCUGCUGCUCGCUCCCAGCGGCUCAGGUUUCGCCGUCCACCACCGGCACCCCCAUCCCCACCACCUACGACACCACGGCCACCACCACCCGAUGUCCCCGGAGUCCACCGUGUCCCCGGAGCAUGCAUCCUCCCCGCCGCCCAUUAACGCGGAGGCCGUGGCCGUGGACGCCCUCCUGGAGGCCGUCAAGGCCGCCGAUCUGAACGACGCCGCCUGGGGCCCCGCGGCCAACGACGUGGACGACGGCGUGCCGCUGUUCAUGAAGCUCCUCCUGCGCGACACGGAGAUGGGCGCCAUCUUCAGCGAGUUCAGCCAGCCGGUGGCGGCGGCGCCUGUUCCGGGCUCCAGCAGGAACAAGACGCUCGCGAGCUGCGUGCAGCCUUCCAGGGUGACCGUUGGCCGCGCCGGCGCCAUGGUCGUGGAGUUCCCCAAGGACAGCGGUGGCAGUGGCGACGGCGGGUGGUGGCUCGUGCUGUCCACGCAGCCGGGCGCCGCCGACCUCUUCGAAGCCACCGUGUCCGUGUACCUGAGCGACGCCCAGGACCUCAAGCUCCUCGCCGCGCACCCGCUACCCAACGCCACCUUCCUCGCCGUCGACGUCACCAAAGCGAUGCUCGAGCUGGGGGGCUCCUGGCCGCGGCUCGUGGUGGACGUGACGUCGCCGAGGACCGCCGCGGGCGCGGCGAGCGCCGCCACCACGCUGGAGGUGGCGGGCUGGGAGCGCGGGCCGCUGCUCGUCCGCGCGCUCGACUGGGGGGAGGACGCCACUUCACAAGGCGGCUCCGGGAUGCGGGUCUGGAGCGACGUGCCCGAGGACCUGAUGCACCCCCCGCGCGUGCGCACCCGGCGGCGCUCCCACCGCAAGAGCGCCACCACCACGGAGGGGCCCGCCUUCACCUCGGCCGAGAACCCGCUGCAGAGUGCGGCCCGGUCGGACAUCCAUCGGGACGGCGGCGAGCAGGACGCGGCCGACGGCGACGCCUUCUGCCACCUGGAGUCGUGGACCGUGUCGCUGGAGGACCUGGGCUGGCCCUUCAUCGUGGCGCCGCUCACCUUCAACAUCAACUUCUGUGCGGGCCGCUGCCCGCCGUCGGCGCUCGGCGAGAAGCGCUACAACGCCAGCAUGAACGCCAUCGCCAGGACGUACAUCAAGCUGCACAGGGCUGCGAAGGCCAGCGCCGGCACCAGUGCGGACGAUGGCGCUAACAUCCCGGCCGCGCAGUGCGUCCCCAUCCGCUUCAAGCCCAUCGCGCUCCUGAUGAGGCAGAACGACGGCAGCAUCGACCUGUUCACGAGCUACGACCUGAGCGCCGACCGCUGCGGCUGUCGGUAGGCGCGCCCGCAGCCCGUCCGCGCGCGCCCCAGUCCAGGAGGGGAGGGACGUCAUCCCGCGGACAAGGACCGCUGUCGUUUUAAUUUGGGCCAGAGCCAAUAAUCAGAUAGGCUUGCCUGGUUAUGCUAGUCAUUUGAGAGUCGCCGCCGCCCGGCGCCGGGCGUAGCGCGCAGGUGCCGCCGCACCGCCCGCUUCAAGGUCGUCCCAAGGCCGUAGGGAAGACCGCCGGGGAUUGUCUUGGGUGGAAGGCUCGCCGGGCGGCGUCCAGAAGUGAGGACAUCUGUGGCGGAGAGCGAUGAAUUUCAUUUAAGUUAAGAAGUGAAAUUAAUGAUACCGUAAGCUGCUUUUGGUGGAGUGGAUUAAGUACAAAUGAUAGUUGUAAGCACAUUUCGAUCAUAAGUUGAUCAGAGAUAGUCCUCUGAUUUUUAGUUAGAUACUUACAGUGAUUAAUUGAUAUGUGAAGUUAGAUUUUAUCACCUCUCAGGAGAAUACAGUAUUUUGUCAUUUUGUCAUGUGUAUAUAUAAACCAUUGCCUGUGUCGCACGAGUUAUCGUUUCAUUACGAAUAAAACUUGCCCGUACCUGUAA